CUCUCUCUCUCUCUCUCUCUCUCUUCGCAAUCUGAAGACGAGGGAUCGCUGUCUCAGCUAAGGAAUCGGAAAUUUGGCGUAACUCUUCACCUUGCUUCUUCCCAUCCAAUUCCGCCAAGCCCCGCCGCCACUCUCUGGAAUGCACUGACUCCAAUUUCACCGUCCAACCUGCUGGCGGCGAGCUGGCGACGGUGACCCUUUCUUGAGUUAUUCCUCCCGAUCCAUACACGCUCCUCCUACUAAGAUCGCCUCCGAUAAUCAGAUUUAAUUGAAUGGUGCGAAAGAUUGUCAACCCUGUGGCGGAGUCUACGGAAGCCGACCGAUCAGAUUCCGUCCUGGUUAUGAUCUCCGCGGCGGCACCGAUACAUCAGUCCCAGUGCCAGCCGGUGAUCCUGAGCAAAACUUCGAAAUCGACCGGGAGAUUCGCAGAGUGCGCUGGCAGGACCACAGCAGAGUGCGCCGCCAUCUGUUGCUGCUUCCCCUGCGGCCUCCUCAACCUCCUCAUCCUUGCCGCCGUGAGGCUCCCGGCGGGACUCUGCUACCGGUGUUUUCGAAAGAACGUAAUUCUGCAGCGAUCGAAGAAGAAGAAGGCCUUCCUAAGAUCUGAAUCCCGUUGCGAUGGAUCAGUUAAGCCCAGAUGGUCGGCUGAGGAUGCAGGCGAUUUGGUCAAGUUCUCCGGAAUGAAAGUGUUGGCGUCUGUUGAAGAUUCGCAGGCCACGAGAUCACCGGCGGAAGAGGUGGUGGAAAUGGAGGAGAAGGUUUGGUCGAAGUUUCAUAACAGUGGGUUCUGGCGAACGCCGUCCCUGGGAGAAGACCGGUGAAACGGCCAUUGGUAACGGAAUCGUAACGGUCUCAGGAGCCGAAGAUAACGGGGUGAAAUUUGAUAAAGAAAUUAUAUAUAUAUAUAUAUACCUCAAAAUCUGAUUCUUAAUUUAUUAUUUUUAUUUA